AAUGAGUCAUGUUUUUGUCUGGAGGUUCACCCUGGCUCAAGAGGCAUAGAUGGAUAUACAUGGAUAGAGGCAAACAGCCUAUGUCUAAACAAAGGAGCAAGGAUGGCACAUAUCGAAAACAGGUCCACACAGAAUGUUAUAGUCAGCCAUAUUAAAGCAGAAAGCGUGAGGUACAAGUGGCGUUACGCUGGAAACUACUGGAUUGGCGCAGUUUGGGACAUAGCAGAACCUUACACAUGGGUUUGGGAAAAUGGAAAGCAGUUGGAUUAUUUCCACUGGGAUUCACAUGGAACCCAACGAGCAAAUGCCCGCGAAGCCAUCAAGCUUGGCUGGUCAAGAGAAUUUAGAUGGGCCACCGGGGUUGCCACAGAAACGAACUUUUACAUGUGUCAGUCUGGUCCCAGAUGCCCAGAGAUCCACCCAGAGUACAGUAAACUGCUGAGAUCAGACAUGAUGAGUUCUAGUUAUGUCUGUGAAGACGGGUACCACAUGAACGGAGAUGGUAGCUUUUCCACAGUUUGUCUUCCAAGUGGAAAGUGGAAUAUCACAGGCGGGUGCUCAAAUAUAGACGAGUGUACCCUGGGCACCCACAACUGCAGUCAACACGCAAAGUGUACAGAUUUACCCGGUAGUUUUAGCUGCUCUUGUAAUUCAGGCUACAUCGGUGACGGCUAUAACUGUAAUGAUAUUGAUGAAUGCCAAACAACCAACAACUGCAGCUCUGCAGCUAGCUGUACCAAUAUCAAUGGUGGCUAUACCUGCUCAUGUAAUUCUGGCUUCACUGGUGAUGGCUACAACUGUAAUGACAUUGAUGAAUGCAAAACAACCAACAACUGCAGCACUUCGGCUAGCUGUACCAAUACCAAUGGUGGCUAUACCUGCUCUUGUAAUUCUGGCUACACCGGUGAUGGCUACAGCUGUUAUGAUAUUGAUGAAUGCAAAACAACCAACAACUGCAGCUCCUCAGCCAGCUGUACCAAUACCUAUGGUGGCUAUACCUGCUCUUGUAAUUCUGGCUACACUGGUGAUGGCUACAACUGUUAUGAUAUUGAUGAAUGCAAAACAACCAACAACUGCAGCUCCUCAGCUAGCUGUACCAAUACCAAUGGUGGCUAUACCUGCUCUUGUAAUUCUGGCUACACUGGUGAUGGCUACAACUGUAAUGAUAUUGAUGAAUGCAAAACAACCAACAACUGCAGCUCCUCAGCUAGCUGUACCAAUACCAAUGGUGGCUUUACCUGCUCUUGUAUUUCUGGCUACACUGGUGACGGGUACACCUGUUCUAGUCCUACAAAAGGUAAGCUAUAGCAACUUAAAGUGAUUGAUUAUUAUAUUAACUGGCAUCUUUACUUUCUGAACAGUCAGAUUUAUUUAUUCAUUUAUUGUUUCAACAGGCCUAACCAGCAAAUUUCAUCUCAGCAAAUAUGUUGAAUUUAUGUCAAAAACAGAGAUGAUGCUUUAAUAGUUUGUAGACAACACGCCGUAUUUGUCACUGUUAUUGUUUUUGUCUGUUAAUUACCUUUAUAAUUUAAUAUUUUCAUAAAUUCCUAAUCGUAAUGCGUAAUCAUAUUUCUUUUUUGCAAGGCCAUAUUAUUAUGUUCAUAAAUUAAAAAAAGCCACUCGGAUAUGUUACAAACCUGCGGUGCUACUGGCACAUCAGAGCACCAGGCAAACCUUAAUACCAUGUCAGAUAGAAGAAAGAGAACUUAAUCCCACAACAGGAGCAUUAUUAUAUAUUUAAUCAUAUAUUGUUUCAACAGGCCUAACCAGCAAAGUUAAUCUCAGCAGAUAUGUUGUAUGUUGUCUCAAAAACAGAGAUAAUGCUUUUAUAGUUUGUAGAUAUGUUACUGUUUUUUUGUUUAUUCGUUACUUUUAUAAUUAUAUUUUCAUGCUUCAUCAUAUUUCUCAUUUGUAAUGCAUAUAAUAAUGUUCAUAAAUUUAAAAAAAGCCACUCGGAUAUGUUACAAACCUGCGUUGCUACUUGCACAUCAGAGCACCAGGUAAACCUUAACACCAUGUCAGAUUUAAUCCUACGAGAGGGAUUUCAGGGAAAGUGGAAACACACGUUUACCUGGUAAAGGAAAAGGUAGCUACGACAAGAAACCUGUGAGAGGAAAAAUUCCGUGUACUACAAUCACAGAUGUUUCGAGGUAAUUCACGAACAUCAAUCUUGGUCAAAAGCGAGGUUCUACUGUGAAAACCAAGGAGGGCACUUGGCCGCCAUUGACGACAAGGACACAGACGACUUUAUGAAACAGAUGCUGUUAAAGGGGGUGCAUUGUGACGUCUGGAUCGGCGCCUUAUCAAGAAAGCGCUGGUUCUGGGCGGACACUAAUAGAGAAAUUGGGUGGACGUCCUGGGCCGUCCACGAGCCGAAUGACGCCGGCGGGCAGGAGGAUAGGGUGGCCUUGUGGAAGGACUUUAACUACGAGUGGAACGACGAGAGAGCAGAUACCACGUACCUCCACAGAUGGGACGCUGACGGAAGAGAAGUCCAUGGAAUUAAAUCUAACGCUGUUUGCGAAUACGAAGGGCAAACGUGCUCGCCUACCAGUCCAAAGACGUGUGUGUACAUUGCAGACGUUGGUUCGUGUUAUUGUCUGAAUGCAGAUCUCUCAGAUGACCGUAAGGGGUACACGUGGGG